AUGGCACUACGUCCUUCCACUACUCCCCUUCGUGUCCCAUUGCCGUCUCCUCCAGAGUCCUCUCUUCUUGUCCUUCCUGACCCUGAGUCUGACUCUCUUCGUGCUGCCAGUCCUACUCUCACGCGUCUCCUGGGCACUGUUGUCACUGACCCUUCCUUUGAGUCCACUGCUGCGUCUGCCUUAGUGGCUGAGCUUGUCGACUUCGCUGCUCGCUAUCGUCUAGACUACGCCACUAGUCUUGUUGCUGAGUCCGAGUCGAUCUGUCCUCCGUCCGUCGGGGAUGGGUGUGCUCUUAGCACGGACGUCAUUGAGGACAGGCAGGAGGAGUUCCAGUGUUUUGCUGCUGCUUUGCCUCAUCUCGUGUCCACGCUGAUUGCCCCUGAGGGAGACCCGGAUGCACCUGACAUCCCGACUCCUCGAUCGUACGCUGAGGCGAUCGAGGGUCCCUACUCCUCACAAGUGGCAGGUGAAGCGGCCGCCAAGUUCUCCGCCUGUCUUCAAGGCGCGUUACGUGGCUCGAGGCUUCAGUCAGCGGCAGGGAUUUGA